AUGACCCUACUCGCCGGAUCCCCACCAUGGGACCUGGAAGCUAAGGUGUACAGGUGCAGGUGGCGCGGGGAGAUACUGAAGAGAGGCGCGGAGGUCUCUCCAGUAGAGAUCGUCAAUAUGAAUAAUAACCUGCGGGAUGAUAGUAUUGCUGCGGCCUUAUUGGAAGAAAAUGAAUCUUUGUCGGAUGAUGAAAUCUUUCUGCCUUCUAGUGAUGACGAAUCGGAUCAUAUCAGCGAAGCUUCUGAAGUUCCAAGUGAUACGGACGUGGAAGAUGCCGAAAUAAACAUUGAACCACAUUCAGAUGAUACGACAUCAACACUUCAACCAUUUUAUCUAGGAAAAGAUGGAAGAACAAAGUGGUAUAAAUCGCCACCGCGAACCAAUGUUCGAACAAGGGCCGAAAAUCUUAUUACUCAUUUGCCUGGAUGUAAAUAUGCAGCUCGACAUAAAAAAACUCACCAAGAAUGCUUCGAGACCUUUUUCACUGAUGAAAUCGUUGACAUUGUUUUGAAGAAUACGAACCAGAAGAUUUCUUUGAGAAUGGAGAACUCUACGUCUAAUUCAACAUACGGGGAAACUGACAAAGCUGAGAUAAAAGCCGUUUUUGGGCUGUUGUUCUUGGCAGGGUUGUUUAGAUCUGGUCGGCAAAGUCUUAUAGACUUAUGGAGUAAUGACGGCACAGGAAUUGAAGUAUUUAGAAAUACUAUGACGAGGCAAAGAUUUUCGUUUUUGAUAAAUAGCUUGAGAUUUGAUGAUUCAUCAACUCGUACAGCUAGAGUGGCUGACGAUCGCUUGGCUCCAAUUCGAGAUAUUUUUGAAAUAUUCGUCAAAAACUGUCAGAAUGCCUAUACACCGUAUGAAUACUUGACCAUAGAUGAAGAACUCGUGGCAUUUAGAGGAAGAUGUAGCUUUCGUCAGUACAUGCCAUCCAAGCCAGCUAAGUAUGGGUUGAAAAUUUACGCGUUAGUGGAUGCUAAAACAUUUUACACAAUGAACUUGGAAAUUUAUUGUGGAAAACAGCCUGACAACAGUCCUUAUACAGUGAGUAAUAAGCCUUUUGAUGUUGUCGAUCGUUUGGUGAGAUGCGUGUCUGGAUCAGGAAGAAACAUCACCAUGGAUAACUUUAUUAUGAGUUAUGAAACAGCUGAAAAUUUGCUCAAAAACCACAAAUUGACUGCCGUUGGUACACUAAGGUCGAACAAGACAUGCAUUCCACUCCAGUUCAAGGCUCGACGUGAAGAAAAAUCAUCUGUUUUUGGAUUUCAAAAAGACAUUACUAUUGUAUCCUACAUACCAAAGCCGCGAAAAUGUGUACAUAUGAUGUCCUCAUUACAUCAUGAUGAUGAGGUGGAUCCAGAAAGCGGAGACCAAAGAAAACCGUCUAUCAUCACAUUUUACAACUCGACAAAAAGUGGAGUUGAUGUAGUUGAUAAACUUGCGAGAACAUACGAUGUCUCCCGCAACUGUAAGCGCUGA